CAGCGCACGGUUGCAACGCGACAGUUCGCAGAGACGUUUUUUUUUUCCCCGUUAUUAUCGCACAGUGGGUCUAACGUACGUUCCAGAAUGGAGACUAAACCGGUCAUCACCUGCCUUAAAACCCUCCUCAUCGUAUACUCCUUCGUGUUUUGGAUAACAGGAGCCAUCCUGCUGGCAGUGGGAAUAUGGGGGAAGGUGAUGCUGGGCCCGUACAUCUCUCUGAUAGCCGACAACUCCACCAACUCCCCGUACGUCCUCAUCGGCACCGGGACCGUCAUCAUCGUUUUUGGCCUGUUUGGAUGCUUUGCCACCUGCAGAGGAAGCCCAUGGAUGCUGAAGCUGAUAAAGGGAACCUUUCACAGGACAUACACUGAUGCAGUUCUGAAUUACAACGCUGAGGAUGAGGCGAGCCGUGCUGUUGAUUACUUGCAGCACACGCUGCGUUGCUGUGGAGUGUAUAACUACACUAGUUGGUUUGGCAGUGUGUAUUACCCAUCCAACGGCAUUCCUGCCAGCUGCUGCUUUAACUCCUCUGACUGCAAACCAGAAGACCUCCGCAAUGCAACUCUAGCCUUGAGCAAGGUCUACCACCAGGGCUGCUAUGAGCUGGUCACUUCAUUCAUGGAGACCAACAUGGCCAUCAUUGCAGGAGUGACGUUUGGGAUUGCCUUCUCACAGCUGAUUGGCAUGUUGCUGGCCUGCUGUCUGUCCAGGAUCAUCACAGCCAAUCAGUAUGAGAUGGUUUAGCUGAUGUGACGUGGCAGGAGAAGAAGAGACAAAGAGCCUUGACACAUGACGAGAGUAAAUUCCCAAAACACUAUCACACGUCUGAAUUGGAAUUGACCUCCCUCCGUCUCUCUCUGCCUGUGAUCUUCAUGUAAUAUCUUAAUGUAUCUUACUGUAAAGCACCAUUCCUCGACUCACUGCUGUUGCAUCAAAGCGUUCUAUACCACACAUCCCACCGCUGCUUGAUGUAGAAGUUGCUCAUUAGCACAUAUCUCGGAUCAAUACAGCCUACAACAAGCAGGUAGACCAGAGUUGUUUGAGUUGAUGGCGGUGUUGGUCUCAGAUAGGCGUUUGGGUGAAACUUGGCUUCUCUGUUGGCUGCAGCAUGCUCCACCGACCGUCAUCAGAAGACCACUGCACAUCUUUGUACAGAAUGACGUUACUAAAGCUUGAAAGUUUAAAAAAUGUAAUAAAUAGGUUUAGUUUUGCAUUUGACUUUGCUAUUGCUCACCAUUGUAUAUUCCUAUGGUUGUGACAUUUUUUUUAACUGAUCUUGUGUACUGAGGUGGAUAGUUUAAGUUUAUAUGAAAACUAAGGAAACUGACAAACGAGAGAAAAGGAAGUAUUGUAUUAGUACAUUGUUACCUGUAAACCAGGCACGCUAUUUCUUUGACUGGAUAUUUUAUCCCAAAAGCAGAUUAUGAUAUAUAUUAUGUGUUAAAAUUAUAAUUCAGUAUCAAUUAAUGGGAUAAAUACACAAUAAUACAGAUUCUGAAUGGACUGAAACCCCCCCAGUAACUUAAAAUAACAUUCAACUUUGCCCUAAUUUACAGCUCCUACAUACACUUAUGAUACUCUCUUUUUGGAGAUUUUUUACUUAUUACAAACACAUAAUGUCAGUUGAGACACAAAUCUGUUACAAUAUAGACUGAAGGCCGGGUCACACCAGAAAGUAAUGUUACAGUAUCUCUGACUCUAAAGACAUGAUAAGUUCAAACCGUUUAUUCAAAAGACGGAGUUGUACCAUCGGCUCUUGUCUCAUAACUGUUUGCGAGCCCAUUUCGUGGAGAAGUUUAUACUCCGACAGAGAAGGGUAACUAAAGAUGCAUCAUUCAACACACAGCUAAAAUGCUACAAUAGCUUACUCUGUGUUGGCACUCACUUGUUCCCCUAAAGGCUCUGAUACACCAACCCAACGACCGACCGUCGGCAGAAAAGGCAGUCGGACUGAUCAGUCGGCUCCCCGAGAUCAAAAAAGUGCCUCGGAACACACCAAAACGACGCCAACUUGAGCGGACUGUCCGACGGCCGAAUAUCGGGCUGGUGUGUCAGCGCCUUAAAGCUCAGUUCUGGUAAUACAUCUGUCAAAAUGACUUGUUAUUGGUCAACAGCGCAAAUUAGCUUGUCAAAGCUCAGCAAAAUUACACUCAAUGCAGAUUUACUUUGUCUAAUUUAGUCUAGAUUUCAUUUAAUAUAAUUUGCCAUUAUUUCACCACAAAAUCCAGGUUCAAAUGCUGGUGUGACCUUGCCAUUUCAGACUCUAAAUCAAGCCUAACACUCAAUGCAAACUUUAACUGAAUUUUGCAUGCUUCAAACUAUGUAGUUCCUAUGAGGUGUCGUCUAAAGGCAGAAGUGUUUAUAGCUUUUUGGAACGGCCACACUUGAAGACAAGAUGAAAAACUUAGAAAGGCAUAAGAUGCAGUGAAUCAUACUAAUAGGGACAACAGCUCACACUCUCUCUUCUCAAUGGCAUUCAUAAUGUUACACCUGUUGUCAGAUGAAAUUUGACAUUUCUUUCUAUGUGACUAAGUAUGCUGCUUGAUGACCCAAAAAGCACGUCAUUUGAAUCAUACUGACACCUUAGUAAUGUUUCAGUUAUCGUUUCAGUACAUAAAAAAAUUUAAUUAAAUUAAAAUUAAGAUUAAGUUUUAAAAAGCAACAGCUGAGAAUCUUGUUUUUGUCUAUCUCCAAUGGUUAAAGUUCUCACCUUGUUGCAGGGAUGUACAGGUGUACCUGACAUCACUGUUGGGCGUGGUUACAGGUACAACAAAAACAAGGAUUCUGGGUGUUGAUAACAAGCUUUUCAACCAGAAGGGGUAAGUGAAACACAGAUUUGAGCCUGUUAGGGUGAUAUCAAAUCAUAUCAAUUGUUUUCUCCUGGAAUAUAAAGCUGGGUGUUGACAGUGACAGAAGUCGACGUGAGAGAUACGCAGGACUCAAACAGUGUUCAUCUAGUAUUUACAGUAUUCUAUGUAGUGCAUCAACAUGCCAUCAUCACCCUCAUCAUCACUUGUAGAUAUUUAUGGGAAAUGUAAUUUAUAUAAUGUAAUGGUUCUCAUUCUAAUAAGCUAAUUGGUAAAAAAAUGUUGUGUGCACAGUUUUGAUUCUGCACCUUGUGCUGUUAAUCUGUAUUUGUUAUAGUUUAUAGGACUCGCACUGGAAAAAUAAUUGUGGCCAACGUUUUGUUGAGAAUAACAUGCACAUGUAGAUGUUUCAAUUUAGCUGUAUAUUUAUUAUGGUUUGGUUGACAUUAAGUUUACAGUUUUACCAAGUUAUUUUCUCUGUGUGGGGUUUUGUGUUUUUAUUUGACUGUGUCCCUAACCUGUGUGUGUGUGUGUGUGUG